AGUCCUUCAAUACCUGGGUAGCGUGGAGAGGAACGCCUCAUCAAUUAUCGACCCCGUUUCCCCACUCGCCAGGUGGUGCGCCACGGACGGUAGCACUACAAGGGUGAAGGCGAUGGUCGUAUUCGGCAUUGGCCGAUCAAGUAUCACUAUGGAUAUCCAGUCUCAAGUGGCACCGAAUGCGCAGAGUCUAGAAGGACUCGCCCUCCAUCUAUAAGGCUUGUCGCGCGCGGCAGAUCUGAAAACGAUACGUCCCUCUUCGUCCCAGCUUCGUUGCAACGCGUUCACGAUGAUGCGGUCGACGCUCCUGUCUCUGCUUGCGGUGCAAGCCGCCUCUUUCGGCGCCAAUGCUCAAUCCACUUCUAUUUAUGAUUACAUUAUCGUCGGCGGCGGGACAUGUGGCCUUGUGCUCGCCAAUCGUUUGACUGAAAACUCCUCGGUGACAGUGGCGGUGGUUGAAGCCGGCCAGACGCAAUACAACAAUCCCAAGGUCAUUCAAAUUGAUGACAUUACCCGACCAGUGGGCACUGAGAUCGAUUGGCAGUAUCCGGCUGUUGCGCAGACCUCCUUGAACAAUCGUGCCGUGACAUAUAAUGCCGGCAAGGCUCUAGGCGGAACCAGCACGAUCAAUGGCGCGACCUAUGUGCGAGCUCAGCGCGUUCAGAUCGAUGCAUGGGAAUCGUCGUUGGGAAAUGUCGGCUGGAACUGGAAUGCUCUCUGGCCGUAUUAUCUCAAGGCAGAAAGCCUCAUCCGACCAACCGCAGACCAAAUCGCCAAGGGUGCGCAAUACAACCCACAAGCUCAUGGCUAUUCGGGCCCAAUCACAGUCAGCUACAGUAGAAAUCCGGCCGAUGCAUCUGGCAUCAUGAACCAGACCUAUCAGGCUCUCGGUGUGCCAUGGAAGAGUGACUUGAACACGGGCGACACGCAUGGAUGGUCCCUCUUCUCAAACACUGUCAAUGCCACAUCGCAGACUCGCGCGGAUGCUGCUACAGGCUAUCUCCUUCCGGUUCAAUCCCGCAAGAAUCUCAUCAUCCUCAACGGCACUCUUGCUGAUCGCAUUCUCUGGUCCACCCAAGCGUCACCAGCUAUCGCUACUGGUGUCCGCAUUCGUCCGACCGCCGGCGGCGCCAACCGCAUCAUCACCGCCCGCCGCGAAGUCAUUCUCUCGGCGGGAUCUUUGAAAUCGCCCGUGCUGCUCGAGAACUCCGGUGUCGGCAAUCCCGCCAUUCUCGGCAAUCUCGGCAUCCCAGUCAAGGUCUCACUUCCCAGCGUUGGAGAAAACCUGCAGGACCAGACCAAGCUCUUCACCAGCGCCGCAUCCAACCGCAGCGUUGCCCAGAACGGCUACUGGACAUACGUCGCCUAUCCCACCGCAGCCGAGCUCUUCGGCAGCAACACCUCCUCGGUCGCAGCCUCCGUCCUAUCACAGAUCCCCAGCAAUGCCGCCGCCAUUGCCGCGGGCACCAACAACGCGACCUCGCCCGCCCUCGUCGAACAGCAACUCCGCCUCCAAGCCGACCUGAUAUUCAACCGGGGCGUUCCGUGCACAGAGAUCCUCUCUCUCCGCUACGGAAGCACCUUUGCGUGGAUCUAUUGGCCUCUGCUUCCCUUUUCGCGGGGCAAUGUGCACAUCGUGAGCCGCGAUCCGACCGUGGCGCCCAGGAUCAAUCCGAGAUUCUUGAUCCCUGGGAUCGAUUGGGAUGCGCUGGCGUUGACCGGAACGGCGAAUUUGAUCCGGAAGCUUUUCACCACCGCGCCAUUGUCGGGCCUCGUCGGCGCGGAGACGCAGCCUGGUUUCGCGACGGUGAAGGCCAAUGCUGAUGUACCGGAUUGGAUGCCAUGGUUCCAAAAGAACGGUACGCUUUUAUUCUCGCCCUCCAGUCCAUCACAACCUACUUCUCUCAUUUUUCCCUCCUUCCUUUCCUCCCUCCACCUCACAAAUUCUCCAACCCAAAUAUCAUGAAUUAUUUCUAACCCUCUCUCCAGCCGGCCCGAACAACCACCCCGUCGGCACCUGCGCCAUGAUGUCGCGUGAUCUCGGCGGCGUCGUCGAUCCGAAUCUCCGCGUCUACGGCACGGGCAAUGUUCGUGUCGUGGAUGCGAGUGU